AUGUCCAACGUGGUUGAGCGGGACCAGAAGCCUCUGCUCUUUGUCCGCGAUUCUGCCAUGAUGGUCAAUGGGGGUUUCUUCCAUCGGGAAUGCGGGAUGCCCGAACCGUCCAUGCCGAUGGAUUUUGUCCGCGACACUUGGAUCACUCGGAGAGAUAAAUACCUGAAUUCAUUUCCCAUGAAUCAGAAUAACUAUCCGGUCCUAGUAGAAGGUUCUGGUGGCCAUGCUAUGCAAAUGCUAACACUGCCUGAUACAUCACAGGAUGAGCGGGCUUUGCAGAUUGAAGAAUCCGAUAGUAAAAGAGAAGGGCCUUUGAAGAAACGGGCCAAUGGGAGUGCCUGUAAACCGUCGAAAGCGAAGAAGAGUAAGCGGAUUUCGAAGGACGAAUCAAACAGUUUUCCUAACUGA